UGAGUGCUAAGCUAACAGUGAAGCUAACUGUUAGCUGCUCCCGGUUCUCCGGUUCUGCAGCUCUGAUCGUCUCGCGCGGACCAGCUAACAGUUGCGCGUUAUAUCCGGUCAUACCGAACCCUGACCCGGUACCGGACCCGGUACCUGAUCCGGUUGAUCAGCAGCUGGUCCCGGUCUGAGCUGGUCCCGGUCUGAGCUAAGCUAACUGUUAGCAUCGCAGCCAAAAUGGCGGAUAACGAGUCCGGUACACCGGGACCCGGUCUGCCGGAGCCCGGACCCGGUCUGCCGGAGCCCGGACCCGGUCUGCCGGAGCCCGGACCCGGUCUGCCGGAGCCCGGACCCGGUCUGCCGGAGCCCGGACCCGGUCUGCCGGAGCCCGGGGACCAGCCGGUCCUGCUAGGUACAGAGUUCUCCAGUCUGGAGCCCGACCAGGUCCCGGAGCUGGUCCAGACCACCAUCCUGUACCUGCAGCCGGACGGGACUCUGCUGGACGGAUCAGGUCUCAGUGUGGAGGACCAGCAGGUUCUGCUGGACCAGCUCAGCCAGCAGCACCUGGUCCAGCAAGACCUGGUCCAACAAGACCUGGUCCAGGUCUCUGACAGCGAGGCAGCCCAGCUGCUCCAGAACCAGAACCAGGUCCUGAAGACCGUUCCGGUCCACAACGUGGCUCUGGACCCGAACCAGCUUCAGCAGGUCAUCAACCAGGUGACCCGGUCCCAGCAGGUCCAGAACCAGCAGGUCCAGCAGGUGCAGGUCCAGCAGGUCCAGACCCAGCAGGUCCAGACCCAGCAUGUCCAGCAGGUCCAGACCCAGCAGGUCCAGCAGGUCCAUCAGGUCCAGACCCAGCAGGUCCAGACCCAGCAUGUCCAGACCCAGCAGGUCCAGCAGGUUCAGGCUUCGCUGCAGCUGAAGACCGCGGCCCGGCAGGUCGCCAUGCAGACCAGCAGCUCAGUCCAGAAGAAGGCUGAACCGGUUCGUAUCCAGAUCCAGAUUCCUCCCAAACAGGAAGUGAAGUCUGGCUCCGCCCCCCAUCAGGUGAAGCUGUCGGCCAAUGGGAGCGCUCAGAUUCUGCAGCUGCAGCCUGUGAUUGGUCAGCAGGGUCAGCACUUCCUGGUCCAGCAGAGUCCAGGUGCGCCCCCCCUCCAGCUGGUCCUGCAGAGCCCUGCCCCCGUGGUCGGAUCUCUGCUCCCAUUGGUCCACAAACCGCCCCCCCCCCUCCCUCAAGACCCCCCCCCGGCUCAGCCCCGCCCCCCCACCGCGCCCCCCCCGGCCCCCCCAGCGAGGGGCAAGAAGCAGAAGAAGAGAGACAAGAAGGCCGCCAAAGUCCAGACCAGGUCCGGCCGCGUGUCCCGCCCCCCCAAGUACAAAGCCAAAGACUAUAAGUUCAUAAAGACGGAGGACUUAGCGGACGGCCGCCAGUCGGCGUCGGACGACUACAGCGACCUGAGCGAGGAGGAGGAGGGGGGGGGGGGGCUCGGCAGGAGGCCCCGCCCCCCCCCCUCACCUAGCCGCAGCCGCUCGCAUCGCUGCCAAGCCUGCGAGAAGUCGUACAUCGGCGCCGGCGGCUUGAACCGCCAUUACAAGCUGAACCCGACUCACGGAGAGCCCGCCCCCCCCCGCCGACGGCGGCCAAUCACAGGAGCCGCCCGCCGCCGAAGAGGACGAAGAGAAGAAGGAGGAGGACAGACCGGUCGCCACGGCAACAACCAGAGUGGAGGGGGGCCCAGCUGCAGCUGUAGGACUCAGGGGCCUCCAUCAGCGGGGCCCCGGCCGGCCUCGAGGUCGAGGACGAGGCAGGGGGCGGGGCCGAGGGCGGGGCCGCCGAUGGGACCGCCUCCGAAGGUGACGGUCGGCCUCAUCGGCCGGAGGGGUCGCCGCGGCAGACCUCCCAAGCUCAGUGUUACCAUGGCAACAGCAGAGCAGCAGGCAGAGAGGAGACGGGAACGACUGCAGGAGCUGGUGGAGCAGUGUGAGGAUGAGGAGCUGAUGGACGUCGUCCUUCCUCGUUUGACUAAAGUGUUGAGUCUGUGGGAGCUGCUUCUGGCCAAGGUGGAGCGUGGGGGUCCUGCUCGCACCCGUUUUCCAGACAUUUACCGUGAGUUUGAGUCCCUGCAGUCUCAGGUGAGACAGGCUGCUCAGGAUUACAUCAUCAGCCCACAGGGCGGAGCCAUGCCACUGGAGGUCAGAAACAUUGAGGUUGCGAGGUCCCUUGGAAUCCUGGACGAGGUGAACAGGAUGAAAGUGGUUCCUGGUGUGUCUCACAGCUCCGGUCUGACCAAUAAGAACGUCCGAUACAUGGAGAAUUCCAAGAUGCUGCCGCCGUCCAAGAGAUUCAAGAUGGAGAACAGCGUCCCGGUUCAGCAGAACGGCCUCGAGCUGCACCGAGCAGCUUCGUCUUUGAAGUCGUGUUCUGUUUCGGUUCCUCUGAUUCCAUCUGGUUCCAAACUGCUGUCUCCAAGCACCGACCCCCCCCCCCAGGUGAGCUGCCCCGUCCUCUGGCCCCCCAUCUGCAGAGCCCCCCCCCCCAGGCCCUGCGCCCCCCCCCAGCCCAUGGAGGUGACUCCCGGUGAGGACCAAGAGGCGGAGCCUCUGCAACCUGAUGUACAGGUGGACUCUCUGCCAGCAGGACAGGACCAGGUUCUGAGCACCAGUGACAUCGCAGCCCAGAUGAAGGAGCUGGAGAAGGCUCUGGGUCCACGUCCUGAGUCCGGGUCCACCCUGACACCGGAGUCCGGUUCCACCCUGACACCAGAGUCUGGGUCCACCCUGACACCGGAGUCCGGGUCCACCCUGACACCAGAGUCCGGGUCCACCCUGACACCAGAACCCGGUUCCACCCUGGCGCCAGAGUCCGGGUCCACCCUGACGCCAGAGUCCGGGUCCACCCUGACGCCAGAGUCCGGUUCCACCCUGGCGCCAGAGUCCGGGUCCACCCUGACGCCAGAGUCCGGGUCCACCCUGACACCAGAGUCCGGGUCCACCCUGGCACCUGACUCCGGGUCCACCCUGACACCAGAGUCCGGGUCCACCCUGGCACCUGACUCCGGGUCCACCCUGGCGACGGAGUCCGGGUCCACCCUGGCGCCGGAGUCCGGGUCCACCCUGACGCCGGAAUCCGGGUCCACUGUGACGUCUGACCCCAGUUCCCAGACUCUGGCAUCCCCUCAGCACCAGUCUGAGUCCAGCACCAAAGAACUGCAGGAGGGUCAGGAGAUCUACAUCCAGACAGAGGGUCUGACGGUCCAGCUGGCGGAGCCCGGUUCAGACCGGAUUGUCAUUGUCAAUGGUCCGGACGGGACCACCAUGCACAUCCAGACACCAGAGGGGGUUCCACUGGAGGCGGUCCAGGCCCUGCUGGGCAUCGAGGCGUCAGAUGGAGCCAACAGAAUCCUGUCCAGAAUCCCAGCUGAUCCGAACUGAGGUGGACCAGACUGGACCUGAACCCCAUCACACCUGCAGGGAGAUUUUAAGGUGGACCAACACCUGGACCUGCAGCCUCCUUAAACAACAAUUCUGUCCUGAUGGGGGCGGAGCUUCAACACACCUGUUGGUCUGGACCGGGCCUGCAGCGCCCCCCUCAGGACCAGCUUGUUACUGUGGGUGUCAUGAAGCCCGGCAGCCUGCAGGGGGGGCGAAGGUCUCCAGAGAGCCGGUCCGGACUCGGUGGUUUUAAAGUGAAAACUGUUCAGAAACCAGAGCGGAUCCAGUUUUUGAUUCCUCGCAACUUCAGUUUCUAAUUUUCUUGAUUAAACUCUCGUUGUGUUAUUUUGUCGAGCUCAUAUUUAUUUAUUAAGACUGAGAUCAAUAUACUGAUGUUACAGAUGACCUGAUCAAUAAACCCGGAUCAAUAAAACCCUGAUCAAUAAACCCUGAUCAAUAAAACCCUGAUCAAUAAACCUGAUCAAUAAAACCCUGAUCUCACCACAGCAGAUUCAACAAUAAAUAUGAGCCUCAUUUAUUAUGGAGAGAAUCAGUUUGUGACUCAGACAGUGAUGAUGUCACCUAUGAUGAUGUCACCUAUGAUGAUGUCACCUAUGAUGAUGUCACCUAUGAUGAUGUCAUCAGAGGACCUGCUGGUUUAGGAUUCGGGUGUCGAGUGUACAUUUGUAAACUUGUUUGGAUUCAUCGCUCAUUUAAAAAUAGGAAUGUAUGAGUUGAUGUUCAAAUGUAGAUAAACAUAAAAAACUAAGUUUAAACAAGUUAAAGAAUUAUUUUAGUACUUUUUAUAAAACUUCAAAAGAACA